AUGGCGGAGGCCGGCGAAGAAGGCACCCGGAGCAUCUUCAAGAACACGGCGGAUUUGAUACUACGCAUUGACCUCAAAGAGGUUCUCCAUAGUGACAAGGCCAUCUCAAGCAGCGAACCCUGCUACUUUCUCUGCUCUUAUAAUUGGAGAAGAUGUCUCGAACCGUCGAUUUAUGUUCCCGGUGCGCCACGCAAGUGGAGUCCUCAUCCUCUUCCCAUAACCCUGACCCGCGACUGCCCUACCAGUCCAGAGGAGCAGCAAUACCACCCUAUACCAACAUACCACUUCGAGCCCGUAUUUCGGGCCCUGACGGCCGUGAAUUCAGAUUUCCGCUUCGACGACGUGGAUUUGGUAACAAACCGCAACAAUCUCAGGAAGCUGUUGCAAUGGGUGGAGGGUGCAGCUCGGCGGGACUUCAGGAUCGACUUGGACAUUGUGAAUGACACCCUCUUCAUGACGCGGUGGGAGGCAAACAAUUCGGUUCUUCGUUCGGGCUCCCAUAACCCAGCAUACGGGAGCAAUUUUGAAAAAUUCUCCUCCAAUUAUCAGGAGGAUCUAGUCGACAGUACAGACCACCACCGAGUCAUACAUUAUACACUUGGAGCCCUAAAGUGUGUCGUACGGUCCGAAGUGGAUGCAUAUUAUGUGAAGGUUGGCGAACCGCAGAGUCUGACUGGGCUUGUUGCGGAUGCACCUCGAUCAGCCUCCACCAAAAAUUAUCCGGUCACAUCUACGGACAACUACAAGCCAACCGAGGUUCUGCAUCGGGGUUGCGGAAUUCCUACGGCAGCCACGUUAGAAAUAAAAUCGUGUCAGGAACGCUGUCGCCUCGAUGGAUUUAUGCCCCAACUGUGGUUCAGCCGCACGCCCCGAAUUAUGAUCGGGUAUCACCGCGAGGGCACAUUUACCCGGGUUCAAGAAUGGGACGCCGGUUCGAGGUUUCUGGCAUGGGAGUUACAACACCAAGAGAACCUCCGAAAACUUGUUGGUCUGAUCGCAGAAUUGAAGCGUAUUGUCCGCGCCACGAAAGCGCCUUGCGCAAUCAUCUACCAGAAAAACAGGAGGUCAAAAAAAAUUCAGCCGGCUUUGAGAGUUUACAGGCGCGUUGAAACAAUGCCUGUGUUGCCUGGGGCCCUGAUUGAACAACAUUGGAAUAGGGGUUUGCCGUCCAGCGCUUAA